GUUUCCUUCUCAAAACAUCUCCACCGCUGGUUCACCUCUGCCCUGGGGAUGCAUUUAUAUGGAGGCUGAUCUCCCCCACCCAAGGAGCAGCCUCAGCAUGGAUUUUAAGCAGCCUCUGCAUUCAAGUGCACAGGAUGGCUAUCAGGACCGACCGUUCACAGCAAGAGACAUGCUCUUGAGAUAUCAGGCCAGCCUGCCCUUAGAUAAAUGUAAUGGGCUCACACAGACUCGGUGUCAAUACAAUGUUAUUAUAAAUUCUAAUAAUCAAAGCAUGCAGUGCUUUUAGUCAUAAGCUUGUUAAAAACUGUGUAGAUUUAUGUGCUGCUAUAAGGCAAGGUCACGUCAGGUGUCCUGACUUAAAACUCAAAAGCUCCAGUGCUCUCUUCAUAUAGUCAACAUCGGAGUCCUAAUGAGCUUUUGACUGACCAUUAAUUACUAGAGGUAGGUUAAGUGCACAGAGGAACUACAGCAUCCAUACAGGGAAGCUAACACCCAUUAUGUUACGUCCGUAUGCAGCCACUACAUCAGCUAGGCCUCUCUGUGCAAUGGGGAAGACAAAGAGUCAGCAGUUUAACCAGCAGCAGAGGAAUGAGCUCUUCAGUGAUUGCUGUGGGGAAGGACAGACCCUAUCAACCUUUGCUUUGGGAGCCCAGGAGGAAAAUUGGCCAUGAAACCAGUGUUCUGCAGGAGGAAAGGACAUGGCUCUGUCAAGGAACCUACUUUAAAUUGCUAGAAAAGAUGACACUCUGAAGACAAGAUCAUGCUGUUAAAACCUCCCUCCUCACAGACCAGUUAUUCACCCAAGCAACCUCAUCAGCAAGAUGAAAACAGCUUGACAGUUCCCAGCUAUGCUGCUCCAUGGUUCUCCAGCCUUGCACUCCCACAGAACACACAGAAAGCAACGGGGAUCACUGUUCUCCGCGGCGGUAGCAGGCAGGAGCAGCUCAUCAUGCCAACGGUGGUGGUGAUGGACGUGUCGCUCUCCAUGACACGGCCAGUGUCGGUGGAAGGCUCCGAGGAGUACCAGCGGAAACACCUGGCAGUCCACGGCCUGACUAUGCUGUUUGAACACAUGGCGACCAACUACAAGCUGGAGUUCACAGCCUUGGUGGUGUUUUCAUCACUCUGGGAGUUGAUGGUGCCCUUUACGAGAGAUUACAACACGCUUCAGGAAGCCCUAAGUAACAUGGAUGAUUAUGACAAAACCUGUUUAGAGUCAGCACUGCUGGGGGUUUGCAAUAUUGUCCAGCAGGAAUGGGGUGCAGCGAUUCCUUGCCAGGUUGUUCUUGUCACUGAUGGCUGCUUGGGGAUCGGCAGAGGCUCCCUACGGCACUCUCUAGCUACUCACAACCAGCGAAGUGAAAGCAACCGCUUUCCACUGCCUUUCCCAUUCCCAUCCAAGUUGUAUGUCAUGUGCAUGGCAAAUCUCGAAGAGCUUCAAAGCACAGAUUCCUUAGACUGCCUGGAACGGCUCAUAGAUUUAAACAAUGGGGAAGGGCAGAUUUUCACCAUUGAUGGACCCCUUUGCCUGAAGAAUGUCCAGUCAAUGUUUGGAAAGCUAAUAGACCUGGCUUAUACACCAUUCCAUGCUGUUCUCAAGUGCGGCCACUUAACAUCUGAUGUGCAAGUAUUUCCCAGACCAGAACCUUUCAUUAUAGAUGAGGAAAUAGACCCCAUCCCUAAAGCAAUUAAUACAGAUUUAGAAAUUGUUGGCUUUGUAGAUAUAGCUGACAUUUCUAGCCCUCCUGUCUUGUCCAGACACUUGGUGCUGCCAAUUGCACUUAACAGAGAAGGUGAUGAGGUGGGACCUGGGAUCACAGAUGACACUGAAGAUGAGAAUUCAGCUAAUCAGAUUGCCGGGAAAAUCCCCAACUUCUGUGUUUUAUUACAUGGCAGCCUGAAAGUGGAAGGCAUGGUGGCUGUCGUCCAGUUGGGGCCAGAGUGGUAUGGCAUGCUCUAUUCACAAGCUGAUAGCAAGAAGAAGUCAAACCUUAUGAUGUCGCUCUUUGAACCUGGUCCUGAGCCCCUUCCAUGGCUCGGGAAGAUGGCACAGCUUGGACCCAUUUCAGAUGCGAAAGAAAAUCCUUACGGAGAGGACGACAAUAAGAGCCCUUUCCCCUUGCAACCCAAGAACAAGCGCAGUUAUGCACAGAAUGUCACUGUAUGGAUUAAACCAAGUGGCCUCCAGACAGAUGUACAGAAGAUCUUGAGAAAUGCAAGGAAACUCCCUGAAAAAACUCAAACCUUCUACAAAGAACUUAAUCGUUUGCGAAAGGCAGCUCUGGCCUUUGGCUUUUUGGACCUCUUGAAAGGCGUGGCAGACAUGCUGGAGCGGGAGUGCACUCUGCUUCCUGACACGGCUCAUCCCGAUGCAGCGUUUCAGCUCACACAUGCUGCUCAGCAGCUUAAAGUGGCAAGUACUGGAGCAUCGGAAUAUGCUGCCUAUGAUCAUAACAUUGCUCCACUGCAGACAGACUUUUCCAGUAGCACCACUGAAAGAAUGUGAAGUCUCAAUUUUGGGAACUUCUGUAGAUUGACUCAAGUGGUUCAGAUUUUCUUUUCCUGUUUACUUUCUAGGACCCAUUUUAAUUACUGUUUGGAGAGCUUCCUAUCAAAAUGGGGUCCCUUACCUGCAUCAGUGCUCUCUAAAUAAAUGUAGAUAGUUUGUGGUGGCUUUAGUCAGACCUGGAAACUGUGGAAAGUGUCCCAAAGUCAACUACUCUGUUGGAUGAAGGGUGGGAGUUAGUGUGAGGAGAGAGAAAAUGCCAUCAUAGGCAGAAGACUGCUCAUGGCUUUUGGCCUCCCCAAAUGCAGUUUCUACAUAGCUGAACUUACUGGUAAAGGUAUCCUAAAAGGCAGCUACUAUACUUUUUACACCAACUUGAUUAGUCCAAAGAAAAUGUGUGAAAAUCACUGUGCCAGAUCAGAUACACAGCUAAUUUCAGGGUGUUGUCACUAAUUUUAUGCCCGACUUGAAAACCAGUCUGUACUGCCAUGAGUUAUCACUUGCAUUGCAGUGCUUAUGCUUGUAAGAGUAACUUAAUCUUGUGAGACAAGUUUUUUAUUUGUGUAAUAUUAAUAAAGAGUAAUUCUU